AAAAGUAUCCAAAGUAUUUAAAGUAUUUAAAGUAUUAAUUUCAAAUACUAUCUUGAUAAUCAAUAGGGACAAAUUACAUUGAGGAAAGUUUUAAUAUUACUAAUUCUAAGGCUCAUUAGUUAAUUAAUUUAAAAUGGAUAGUUGUUGCUCUGAUUUCAAAAUUGAAGAAGUUGGAGAAGAUUUUUUUAAGAAUGUAACUUUAGAUGAUGAAAGCAGUACCAACAUUAAUAAACUUGAGAACAAGCUUUUGGAUAUUAUGAUUAUUAGUGUUGCUUUCGAAAAUCUUAAUAAUGCUGCUAAACUAUUUGCUCAGUUUUCUGCUAAAAAUCAAGAUUGCCAAAAUGGAAAUAGUCAGUAUGAGAAAAAUUGUAAAAAUAAAAACGAGGAUAGUGAAAAUACCAACCAUAAUACCGAUAAUAUUUUUGAAAAAAAUAUUUGCAGGUUUUACUCUCAUCCUAAAGUUCUUAAUGCAAUCAAUAGAGAUGAAAAUGCUUCAAAAAAGAAUGAUAGAAUAGUUUUUCAGUUUAUUCGAAUAGUUAAUAAAUAUUAUUUCAAUCCAAGAAAUAAUAUUAUUGAAUAUAAAAAUAAAAAUCUUCUAUCCAAUAAUGGAAGCGAUGACACUAGUUACUUUACUAAUAAUGAUUUUACUGAUUAUGAUACUAAGAUAAUGAAUUUUAUACUCUCAAUAUUAUCAAAAAUUUAG